UUUUCUCCCUGUGUUUAUUAAAUGUAACGCGUCUGUGUGCCUCUUCAACCCCUGCUUUUCGUCACCGAGGGCGGCUGCAGCUGAGAGGGGCUUCAUCAGUGUCACGAAUCCGGUUUUCCCCAGCCCUUUGCCGGCAGAGAGGGUGGGGAGGACCGGGUACAGGCAUUCGCCAGAGCAGAAAGUUUGAGAAAUCAACAGGCUAAAUAAAACAAGGCACUCGACAAAAUGACUAAGGCAAAGCAUCAUUCUGAAAUGUUGCCACCUGUGCCUUGGACAAGCCAAUGUGAGCUCAUCUGCAGUCCAGUUUUGACUUGGCAAUUGUUUUGUGGUCGUUUCUGCACCGCUAAAAUCUCCAUCAAGUCACGUUUGUGUUUGGAGAGUCCUGUCUGCCACCAUCAGCCAGUUUUCUCCUGUGGUGUUGUAUUCUGAUGGAUCAGUAUGUCUACCACUAAUAAUAUCGCCCAGGCCAGGAAACUGGUGGAACAGCUGAGAAUUGAGGCAGGGAUCGAACGCAUUAAGGUGUCUAAAGCGGCAGCAGACCUGAUGAGUUACUGUGAGCAGCACGCUCGUAGCGACCCUCUGCUGGUCGGGGUUCCCACCUCCGAAAACCCUUUCAAGGACAAGAAGCCCUGUAUCAUCCUAUAGCCGCCUUCUGACGUCACACACACACACACACACACACACACACACACACACACACACACACACACACACACACACACACACACACACACACACACACACACACACACACACACACACACACACACACACACCCACAACUAUACACUCUAAUGCACAUGUAGGCACACAUAAAUGAACACAUUCAAUACUUAAAAUGAUCCCUACAGUCAUGCAAGUACACACUUCAAGGCCACACACACUCACACAAACACACACAAACACUCCCAAAAGCCACUCUGGAAAAGCGCCAUACCCUGGAGCCACAGCUAGGGGGCAGGUAUCUCGUUCUCGUUGUGGCUGAGAUCAGUAUAUCACUGAGUAUGAUCCAAGGUGCUUUUGGUAAUAUUCAUGUAUGCUGGUAAAUUAACUACAAGUGUCAGCUUAACUUUGAAAGGUAUUUGGACGUUAUUUAUCAGUAGGAAAACAAGAUUUAUUUCCUUCUUUUGUCAAAAAAUGAGGGGUUGUUUAAAGGAUGGACUGCAUUGCCAUAGGCGAGGAGUGGGAGGAUGUAUGUGGGCAACAGGAAUUGAUGGUUGGCACUCUGGCCGACCGUACCAAAAACAACCUGGUGUCACAUUAAAUGCUCAAUAAGAGCUUUUUUGCGUGGGAGUUAAAACAGGUCUGAGAGCUUUGCCUACAAACCUAUUGUGCUAAAUCAUGGCGGGUAAUUUUGGAGCAAGUGGCUGAAGCCUUUGCCUUUGUCGAACUAGCAUGUUCCCAUCCAAACCUGUUUCAACAGACCUCUGCCUGUGGCUUCACUGCGGCCGUCUGCAGCCUUUGGUCAAACCUCCAGCUGUGCCAACCUGUACAGAAAGUCGUCCCUAGCUGCUGAUCUGCUGUCACCGGUUCCACUGCGGUUCAAUAUGACGUGACAUCAGAUCUGCAGCUUUGAUGAGAACACAGUUAACUGCUCUACACAGAACUCAAGCUAUUAACCCUGGACGCUUACGGCAUUUUUCUUAAGAAAUACUUGUUUGUGAACUACAUGUAUGUUUUGAUAUUUUGUUGAAGCAUUACUUCACAGAUAAAAUAAUAGUAUAUUUUAAUUAUUGGUUUGCUUUGACAUAGGUGUUGCCCAUGGCUGUUCAAGUUUCUCUUCCUGUUUGAGGUUGAAUGGUACUUUUAAUCACUCAACAGGAGAUCUAGUUGUAAGCCAGGGGUAUCACCUAAGCAAAUAACAAAAGUAUCUAUGUACAACAAGCCUCCCUGUGCUUUACCCCGAGAGAGGGCGAGGUCGCAGACUGACCACACAUUUGAACCAGUCUGCAAGGACUGCAUGGCUGGAGGGGAAAAAACCCAAACUGAAAAAGUGUUAUUGAUGCUGUCUUAAAAACUUUAGAUGAACCAUUCCCUUCCCUGCCUUCUUCGCUUAUGUUUGAUUGUUUAAAUUGGCAGUUUUUUAUAAUGUUAAGGGCAAGAAAAGAAGAGAUAUAUAUUGCAUAGUGAAAAGAUGGAGGUGUUGGCUUUGUUUGCAUCUACAGAGGAACGGGGUACCAUUAUAUAUGCUGACAUAAUACAACCUGGCUUAACCAGUCUGUAGAGUUUGCAGUCUGAGAGUUUUGGCUCAAACUGGUCUGACUGGGUCGGUAAGAGCCAGCAGUCGCCACGCGGUUUCCUCUGUCCUUCUCUCCUCCACAAUGCUCCUCUCUCUGACAAACCAAACUUGAUUGUAAAAGCUGAAGUAAGUGGGAAAAAAAUGAAGUAAAGAGAAACAAACUAACUGUAUAAACUUUAUUUCAGACAUGUGCAGAAGUGAUAAGUUGAAGAGUAGCUGUUUUGGGUUUAUUUUUGAGUUUCUUCUUUCUAUGGAGUCCAUGGAACCUGGUGAGUUGAGUAGUACCCUGUACAGUGUUUGUAAGAUACAAAACCUAGACACAGAACCUCCCUGUCUGGAUGUUGGAUUUUUUUAGUACUACUUUCUCUGUGUCAGCAUCAUAUCUUCAUUUCUUCUUUUUUUGAAUUCAAGAUUAAGAGGCUUGUGAUAGUGGAGGAAGGUUUGAACCACAGAUACAAAUACAAACAUCUGAUAGAAACAAAACAACUGUUAGGUUUAUUUUGUAUCCCGUUAGAGGAUGAAUCAACAUCAGACCUCUUUACAGUGGCAAAAACCAACCUCCUGGACUAUCCUUUAACACCAGAGCAGCAGCGUUUUUCUCAAGCGUUGUUUAUGGUCGGCCAAAGGCAACUUGGACAACACACACACAUGCACAUAACCCACUUUGUAGCUGUUGUUUUUUAGGUUUGAUUUGAAGGUUAAAGGAGCACUAAAUGAAAGGAGCUGCUUUUGUUGAUUGAUCCCUGAAAAAAAGGGGCGCUUUGUGCAAUCAUAUUUAUAUUGGGGCAUUUAGCGGAGGCUUUUAUCAGCAGUAGUGUACUGUGGCAUGCGGACAGGACUUAAGACUGCUGAUGAGCCUCAGGGGAGUUGAACCGACUGCUUUUCUGCUUUUUAAAUCAUAAGGUCAAUAUGCCACCUGCUGAGUUUUUUUUUAGAAGUGGUACGAAAGGUUGAGUAGUUGUUUGUGUGCAGAGACAAAGCAGGCAGUCCACAUGGGACACAUUUUUUAAAAAAGGCUCCUCUUUUUAAGCAUUUUGCGACAGAUUCAAAUUAUUAUGAGGUACCCUUGACAAAUCUUUGAUUGUGUUUUUAAAGGAAUAGUUUGACAUUUUGGGAAGUACACUUAUUUUUAAAUUCACCCACUGUAGUCUCACAAUGUAAAUGAUUUACCUCUUAUCUGUUAUACCCUUAAAGUGAUAUCAUGUGUCCCAUCCAACUCUCAGCAAGAAAACAAACGAGUGUGUUCACUUAAAUGUGAAAAGUUUCUCUUUAAAAUCACUACAACUACUUAAAUGUGGGUCGUUGCUACUCUUUGGUGGUGAAAAGGGAUGAUUUAGCAGAGCAUAAAGACAUAGAAGAGAAAAAAAGAGUUGAGCGCAUUUGAACAGAGACACACAGUGCGUAAGAAGGCACAGUAUCUCCACGGCUGUGCUGAGUCACACAUACUAAUGUUACUGUCCCUCAGCCAUCCAAUCACAGGUCAGGGUGAGUCUGACCCGUGCAGAGGACACGUUGUGCAACACAUAUGGCCUCCUCUCACUCUCGCUAGUGUGCUCAACCUUAAGAAGAGUAAAGAAGGGUUCUGUAAGAAUAUAAAAUAAUUGGAAGCUAUUUUUAAUGUGAUGACCAAUAAUUACCAAAAACAACCCAGAAAUCAACAAAUUAGCUUAGCUCUUUAUGCCUCAUGUUGCUAUAAAUUGCAGCUUGUUUUCCCCACUCAUUAAAGCCACUAAAGCCACUCCAAUGUUUCUCUGCUUAAAAUAAAGCUGAAGCUGGCAGCAAGUUGGCUUAGCUUGAAGACCAGAAGCAAAGGCCUCAGUAAGAGCAAAUCCAGGGCACUGAAGCCAAAUUGACAAAGUGUUGAAUGACAACUUCAGGAUUUUUUUGUGUGAUGCCAUUGGAUAUCCAGAGUUAUAAGCCUCCCUUUUUUCAUUGGAGCAGGGUUAAAAGGAAACACUGGUACGCUUGCUUUAUGGGCUUUUAGUGUUUACUUACUGUCUGUCUGCUGAUUUUGAAUGGUAUUUCCCAAGAGGUUAAACCAUACCUUUAAAUUAGAUAUGUCCCUUUAUCUAGGGUUAAUUGUAGAGUUGUUCAAUUUGAUUUAAUCUAAUAUAAAUGGACAUUUAUUUGAAUGAAAACACAACAACCAGCUGCAGAAAUAUGAUAACUGUACAAACAGAAACCUGACUUGAGUGACAGAUAGGUUUAUGUUCAGGAAAUGAAACGCAGUUGCCAUUAAUGUAUUUGUGAGAUGCAGCUAAUUUCAAAUAGAAUCACACAACAUUAAACAAGCACGCACACAUAUCAGCUCACACACAUACAAACACUGAUGUUGUCCUGGAUAUGUCUGAAAGAUGCUAUUUUUUAUCAUUAUUGUUAUUUCAAUCAUUUCAUGGCUGGUUGGGCUUAAAAUCAGAGAGACAGCCAGCUUAAAUUGUUGGUUUGGCUGACAACUUGUCUGAUUGGUUGGUUGUUAGUUUGCCUUAUAGUGGGGUAUAUUGUGUCAAUGCUGGUCUUGGGGUUAUCAGAUCAACAGAAUGAACAGUGUUAAAGUAGAACAUGAAGCUUGAGUUGGAAAUCACCUGGUGUUGUGACUCAAAGCAAGCCAGUUGGGGAGAGUUGAGGCUCCUCACUGGCGGACUACGAAAUCAAACAUCGCUGAAUCCGCUCUGAGCCCUAUCCGCGACUCGUCUUUUGUGUUCUGAUCUCCUGUGUAUGCAUACAGUAUAUGUAUCUUUUUGCCUUGAUUGAUUAUGAAGAAAAUAUAUCUAUUUUUUGUAACUGUUCUCUGAUGUGCCAUAACUCAUGUUUUUUCUUGCACACUGUUAAUAUUUUGUGGAUAUUGCUGUUAAAAAAAGAUGAUAUUAAAAAGUAGAUAACAUUAAUAAAAAGAUGAUAUAAUAACA